ACAACAACAAGAACUCGAGUUUCCCUUGUCCGAGAGCUAAAACUCAAUACACUUUCAUUUUUCUGAAAUGGCUUCUUCAACAAUGGCACUCUCCUCUCCUUCUCUUUCUGGCCAAGCUGCCAAGCUUAAUCCUUCUUCAUCUAACCUUCUUGGUGAGGGCCGAGUCACCAUGCGCAAAACCGCAGCAAAGUCCAAGAAAGUGUCAUCUGGCAGCCCGUGGUAUGGGCCAGACCGUGCUAAAUACUUGGGACCAUUCUCUGGGGAGUCUCCUUCUUACCUAACCGGAGAAUUCCCUGGCGAUUACGGUUGGGACACUGCUGGACUUUCAGCCGACCCAGAAACCUUUGCCAAGAACCGGGAGCUCGAAGUCAUUCACUCAAGAUGGGCGAUGCUUGGCGCUCUGGGCUGCAUUUUCCCAGAACUUCUAUCCCGCAACGGAGUCAAGUUCGGUGAGGCUACUUGGUUCAAGGCGGGAGCCCAAAUAUUCAGUCAAGGUGGACUAGACUACUUGGGAAACCCAAGCUUAGUCCAUGCCCAAAGCAUUUUGGCAAUUUGGGCCACACAAGUUAUCUUAAUGGGAGCAGUGGAGGGCUACAGGGUUGCCGGCGGACCUCUCGGUGAGAUAACCGACCCGUUGUACCCUGGCGGGAGCUUUGACCCAUUAGGGCUUGCAGAGGAUCCAGAAGCUUUUGCUGAGCUUAAGGUGAAGGAGCUCAAGAAUGGAAGAUUGGCCAUGUUUUCUAUGUUUGGAUUUUUUGUACAAGCCAUUGUUACUGGAAAAGGUCCAAUAGAAAACCUAGCUGACCACUUGGCUGACCCCGUUAACAACAACGCUUGGUCAUAUGCCACCAACUUUGCUCCAGGGCAGUGAGGCUAAGAUUCCCUCUGAUCUUGGAGAGAAGCACUUCUACUAAUUGCUUUUACUUGUUAAUUGUUUUGGCAAAUGUAUGAAUUGGGAUUUUCAUUU